ACGCAUCGCACGCAUCGCACGCAUCGCACGCAUAGCAUAGCACAGCACAGGACAGCAACCCAAGACUCCGAACCCGCCUGGCGACGCAUUCUAGAACUAGACUUAGCUCCCACCUUGCUAUCGCCGAGCCCCUCCUUUCUACCGACUCGAUCCCCACAAACGUCCUAUAGACUAUAGAUCGCAUACGGGCUGGUCGAUCGAUCGUUUUUCGGUCGUCGCACACAAAUCAACCGCUUCGAAUCCCUUCACUAUAUUUGCGUUUCGCUACGACUACAUCUGCUUCCUCGACACUACGCCGAUCGACAAGUCACCUAUUAGUACCUGGCUUGUCCCCAUAUGGACCUGGGUCACGAGCCCGCCGCGGGCGAUGCGACCCCCGCAGCGGAGGUGCAACAAUGCCCGGACAUAUAUUCCCAGCCGGAGAGUCGCAGAAGCACCCCGGAUAUACUUUCAGGCGUGCCGUCCCCUACAAACUCCACCGAGACCGCGGGAAUGUCUCUGAUCAGCAGUCCGACGCCGACGCAAAUCGACCCAUUCGCUACAGCUAUUUCUGGAACCGCAGGGAACGGCACUCCUAGCAUAUCAUCAUGGAGUUCAAACUCGGACAGGCAACUUGGUCACGCCUAUGGAGACGACCGAGUAUUUCCUAUACGAUCGGUGCUAACCGUCGAUAACUCGGGUCACUCAGGAGAGCAAUCGGAUUAUUUCCCGCAACGUCACAGUCAUGAAGACACCCCGCAGUCACCUAGAGGAGCUCUAAGGUCGUUUAUGGACCUUGCAGGUCCUGUCAGGCGUCCAGGCCCUGCAAGUGAGGAGCCCAGCUCUUCCACUGUGACAUCUCCCAGCGAACGUGUCGGCCGAGUUGAGCCAGGGGGGAGACAGAGGCAGAAUACCGGCACUGGAUCUGUCGUGAGCAUCCAUGGGGAUUUCAGUCGCCAUACUACCUUUGUUGAGCCAAUACCAAUUUCCCUGGACGAUGAUUCAUCGUCUGAUGAAGGUGGAAGGCCGCCAUCCAUUCCGGCGGUAGCAAACACUAGUGAGCCCAACGACGGACAAUCGGUGGCCGCCGACGAGCCGAUAGAUGAACGCUUGACGAAUAUGAGGUUCGAGCACGUGGUGACGGCAGAGGGCCAUGCUGUAAUUACGGGAAGGUCUGGAAAACUUCAACGAUGCGAGGAUGAACCUAUUCAUGCACCUGGUGCAGUUCAGGGCUUCGGAGCGCUGGUCGCCCUCGCCGAGGACGAGAACGGUUGUCACUUGGUGCGCUACGCGAGUGAGAACACGAAGCACAUAUUGGGAUAUUCUCCCCAACGGCUGUUUAGCCUGGAAAACUUCUUUGACAUUCUCAGCGACGAGCAGGCCGAGAACAUGCAGGACCAUAUGGACUUUAUCAGGGACGAGGAAGCGAACCCCGAAGCCAACGGACCCGAAGUGUUCAGCAUUUCCAUUCGCCUACCAAAAGCAGAUCAAAACACGAGGAUAAAGCCCGUCAAGAUCUGGUGCGCCAUGCAUAUCAACCCGGCCCGUCCCGAAAUGGUUGUGUGCGAAUUCGAGCUGGAUGACGACGAGGCGAACCCUUUGAGGCCACCGGGCGAGGUCACUCCUGAAAUACCUACAGACACGUUGCAGGCGAACCCCACCGCGGAGGAGCUCAUGGAGAGCACUGAGGUUUUGAGCAAGCCCAUCAGAGUUUUGCGCAGUGCUCGUAAGCGAAGGGGUGAGGCCGGCGCCAUGCAGAUUUUUGAUAUCAUGUCGCAAGUACAAGAGCAGCUCGCAACUGCCGACAACCUAGAGAAAUUUCUCAAAAUUCUGGUCGGUAUUGUGUCCGAGUUGACCGGCUUCCACCGUGUCAUGAUAUACCAGUUUGACUCCGAGUUCAAUGGCCGAGUGGUCACAGAGCUCGUCGACACGGCCCAGACGAGGGAUCUUUACAAAGGUCUCCACUUCCCUGCAUCUGAUAUCCCGAAACAGGCUCGCGACCUAUACAAGAUCAACAAGGUCCGUCUGCUAUACGACCGGGAUCAACCAACGGCGCGCCUUGUAUGCCGGUCAACCGAAGAUCUAGACAAGCCCUUGGACCUGACCCAUUCUUACCUCAGGGCCAUGUCCCCGAUUCAUCUCAAAUAUCUGAACAACAUGGCUGUGCGCUCGUCCAUGUCGAUAUCUAUCAAGGCGUUUGAUGAGCUAUGGGGCCUGAUAGCCUGUCACUCAUAUGGGCCGAGAGGAAUGCGAGUCUCGUUUCCCAUCAGGAAGAUGUGUCGCCUCGUGGGAGACACGGCCUCUAGAAACAUUGAGAGACUAUCAUAUGCAUCUAGGCUUCAAGCCAGGAAGCUUAUCAAUACGGUGCCAACCGACAAGAACCCGUCGGGAUACAUUGUAGCAUCGUCCGAUGAUCUCUUGAAGCUGUUUGAUGCCGACUUUGGAGCAGUCUCGAUUAGGGGCGAGACCAAGAUCCUAGGAAAACCCGAAUCGACACAGGAGAUUCUAGUUCUACUCGAGUACCUGCGCAUGAAGAAGUUCACGUCGGUGCUGACGAGUCAAGACCUGACCGUGGACUUUGCGGACCUCAGGUACGCUCCAGGCUUUCAAAUGAUCGCCGGUGUUCUGUAUGUCCCGCUCAGCGUCGGCGGGAACGAUUUUAUCGUGUUUUUCCGCCAGGGUCAGGUCCGGCAAGUGAAAUGGGCAGGCAAUCCGUACGAAAAGGUUGUCCAGGAAGGUACACAACAUUAUCUAGAGCCGAGGAAGAGUUUCAAGGUGUGGCACGAAACGGUGGUGGGCAAAUGCAGAGAUUGGUCCGAGGAACAGGUCGAAACGGCGGCCGUUCUCUGCCUAGUAUACGGUAAAUUCAUCGAGGUCUGGAGGCAAAAAGAGGCUGCCCUUCAGAGCAGCAAGCUCACAAAGCUGCUUCUCGCCAAUUCUGCCCACGAAGUCAGGACGCCCUUGAACGCCAUCAUCAACUACCUAGAAAUUGCUCUAGAAGGGUCUCUUGACCAAGAGACCAGGGACAACCUAUCCAAAUCACAUUCUGCCUCAAAAUCCCUCAUCUACGUCAUCAACGAUCUGCUCGACCUCACCAAGGCAGAAGAAGGCCAGGAGCUCAUCAAAGAUGAGAUAUUCGACCUUCCAGCCUGCAUCCAUGAGGCGACGGAGUCAUUCACCUCGGAUGCCAAGCGCAAAGGCAUUGGCUACGAGGUCAUUGAGCAUCCAGGUCUGCCAAGGGCGGUAUAUGGCGACCAACGCAAGGUCAGGCAGGCCGUCGCCAAUGUUACGGCCAACGCUGUCCAACACACAUCGCAAGGCUUUGUCAAGAUCGAGUUUUACGUCGUCGAGGUGGAUGUCGAGCAGCACAAGGUCAAGGUCGAGAUUGCGGUUCAGGACACGGGCUCAGGCAUGUCAAACGCUCAACUAGACGCGCUCUUCCGUGACCUUGAGCAGGUCAGCAUCGAUGAUACUCAGCCGUUGGACCCAACCGGUCCAGACACGACCGAAUCCAACGAGACGCAGUCGCCUAGAACUCUCGGUCUCGGCAUAGCAGUCGUGGGCAGGAUCGUGCGAAACAUGAAUGGACAGCUGCGUCUCAAGUCGGAAGUCGGCAAAGGCUCCAGAUUCGUCAUGCAGUUCCCUUUUGAUAUGCCGACGGACGACUCACCAAUGUCGCAGGAUGGGAGCAGUGUGGCAGUGCAUUCGGUUACAGACUCGAAUACCGUGUCACUCUCGGGAACUGGCCGUCUCGAAGGAGAAGUCACACUGAUUGAUGGCGGGCCUGUUGUCAACGAGACUGAUCUCUUCCAGGGGCCGUCGCCAAAGAGGAGCCUUGAGGACGCGGCUAGCAUCAAUAGUCGCAACAGUGUCAACAGCAAGACUAGUCUAAGGAGCAGAACCAGCGUGAGGAGCAAAGGUAGUGCCAAGAGCAACAUCAGCGAUGCGGACCGUUUGAUCGACGCAAUCCAGCUCCCUCUUGAGUUUGGCGAGCCAGACUCGCAACGCAUCGGUCUUGAGCGUCGGAAUUCAAAGGGUGCCUAUUACCAGGCAGGGCCCAGCUCCCAUAGCCGAAGAGCAUCGGUCAGUCCGACGGCAACGAGGAGGUCAGAUAGUCUGGGUCGUUCCUCGGCUCACCGUACGGAAGGCGCUAUGAGCACAUCAGCAGGCGCUCCAGUGGGGAUGCAAUAUGUGACAGAUGCAAAGAUGCCAAUGAAGCCUGUCAGGAUUGCCGACGACGACGAACUUCACGAUCGUCCCCAACGACCACACCAGAGUCAGACGUCUGGCGUGCUCUUCGAACUGCCAGACGACGGCGCAAAGCCACCCAGGAGUUCUGAUGCGCAUUCGGUCAGUACUGCGGCUCCAUCGGAAUACCAAGCGCCCCUGCGGGUCCUCUGCGCUGAAGAUGACCCCAUCAACAUGAAGUUGUUGAGAAAACGACUGGAGAAGGCUGGCCAUGUUGUUUCUCACACGGUCAACGGCGCUGAUUGUGCAUCUGUAUACAAGGAGUUACCCAGCUCCUUUGAUGUGAUUUUGAUGGAUAUGCAGAUGCCGAUCGUCGAUGGUCUGGAUAGCACCAAGAUGAUUCGUGCCUUUGAACUCGAGGAGGAGAAAAAGCCCGAGGGCGAAUCUACCACAUCUGGAAGGACAAUUCCGAUUAUAGCCGUUUCGGCUUCGCUGUUGGAGUCUAAAAAGUCGACCUACGUCGAGGCAGGUUUCGACGGCUGGAUUCUAAAGCCCAUCGACUUUAAACGUUUGGAAACUCUGCUUACUGGCAUUGGCGAUUCCGCUGUGAGGAACGACUGUCUUUAUGAACCCGGCUGCUGGGAAAGGGGAGGCUGGUUCUUUGAGAAAGACCAGAUUGCAAGCAACGAGGCUAGCGGAUCCGAUGCUGAAAAAGAGAAAGAUGAGCAGAAGGCACCUUGAGAUGAUCUCGAGUCCUAUAAUUCACAUCCACGGUCAUUGAUACCGCGGACUUUGGUCUGGCGUCCGCCAUAGUCAGGCGUUAUUGCCACAAGUCCUGGUUUACACAAACCAGUCAACCGCUACAACAAACCAUACCACACAACCCGAUACGCGUCUUGACUUAUUCGUCAGUUUUUACUUCUUCCUGAUGCAACAUUCGAGGCAGGAUACUUGGAUGGAGACCUGGUUCGACAAGCCUUAUGAACAGGACGAAAUACACGGGGCGCUACUCGUCUUUUGUUUUCGACGUACACGAUGAUACCCUGUUCUUCCAACACCUCAGCAUUCUUGACAUCAACUUUUGAACGAUACCAGGCAACAAUUUUUGGGAGACGAACACGAAAGAUCAGCAUGGCAUGGCGCUUACGGGUUUCUCUUUUCCUUGAUUUCUUUUCUGUCCGUUUCAUUAUAUACUUAAUUCUGUUCAUUUUGCUUUUCCUCACCGUGUCCCCGUUUUUUUGCUGUGCUAUUGCAAGCAACAUCUGGGAUGCGGUCAUGGAAGGGAUUUAAGGGACCCUGCCAGGCGGUGGGCGGUCCUUGGUUAACAACGAAAAUCUUUUGUCACGAGUUCAUGGUAUGACACAGUAUACGGUAUGCAUACAAGGGUGGGAACUUAUGGGACAUGGGAACGGACAUGGGAAGAUUGGAGUUUAAGGUAUGGCAGAGUAUACGGUAUGCCUACACAAGAAUGUGUCGAUGUUUUUGUUGCUUGUCUUGUCUUUUAUCAUGUUUUUACUAGUAGUUUGGCAUAUCAAGAACAAUGCUUAAGUGUGGGUUUGGUUGUUGUUUAUUUUGUCUCGGAUAUGGUAUGUUUUGGUAUAAAGCAAGACCUUCGUUUACCAUUGGAUCAAAGUCGUUGGGGUAUUCGCUUAUGGGUAUCAUUGGGGGCGAGAACAGCUCUAGAACUGAGACGAGUAAAGCAAUCAUUAAACAUUAUUCAGUAUUAUGAAUUCGUCAAACCCAACGUCCAACAAUCGAAAACUCUUUGCUUUUGCAAAAUAUGCAAAUAGAUUUCGCACCGCCCUAGUUCUAGACCAGCAAAGCUGAC